UCGAGGACACAUCUUUCUGUUCCUCCUGGAUUUUAGAGGGAGAGGAGGGGAAAAAAAAUCUCUUUUAAUUUCUGCUUCUUUUCUAUGGUUUUCUUUGAUUCCCUCAUUUGUGGCGUUAGAUCCCGACAGUUAGCAAAGAGCCAGUUUGCCUCGGUGAGGCGGACAUGGAGUCCUACACGGUCCCCGGAGCCGCGGCGCAGCUCUCUCUGUCCGACCUGUACUCCGUCAUCCCCUUUAACGUCACCUUCCCGGCAGAGCUGGCCGAGCUGAACGCCACGGAGCCCGGCAGCCCGGUGAGGGGCGCCGGGGGUAUGGUCAUCGCCGUGUCCAUCACGGCGCUCUACUCGGUCAUUUGCGUCGUGGGACUGCUGGGCAACGUCCUCGUCAUGUACGGAGUGGUCAGAUACACCAAGAUGAAGACAGCCACCAACAUCUACAUCUUCAACCUGGCCCUGGCCGAUGCCCUGGCCACCAGCACGCUGCCUUUCCAGAGUGCAAAGUACCUGAUGAACACCUGGCCCUUUGGGCAGGCUCUGUGCAAGCUCAUCAUUGCCAUUGACUACUACAACAUGUUCACCAGUAUCUUCACCCUCACUAUGAUGAGUGUGGACCGCUACAUCGCUGUGUGCCAUCCCGUCAAGGCGUUGGGCUUUCGGACACCAGUCAAGGCUAAGAUGAUCAACGUCUUGAUAUGGGUCCUGUCGUCUGUGAUUGGGGUGCCGAUUAUGGUUAUGGCUGUGACCAGAGUGACGGAGGCUGGUAACAUUACAUGCAUGUUGAAAUUUCCUGACCCAGACUGGUACUGGGACACCGUGACCAAGAUCUGUGUUUUCAUCUUCGCCUUUGUGGUCCCUGUGAUGGUCAUCACUGUUUGCUACGGCCUGAUGAUCCUGCGUCUGAGGAGCGUCCGUCUGCUCUCGGGCUCCAAGGAGAAAGACCGCAACAUGCGGCGAAUCACCCGCAUGGUCCUGGUGGUGGUGGCGGCCUUCAUCAUCUGCUGGACCCCCAUCCAGAUCUUUAUCAUCGUGAGGACGAUGGUGGAGAUCAACACCAGGAAUCCUUUUGUCAUAGCCAGCUGGCACUUGUGCAUCGCCUUGGGCUACACCAACAGCAGUCUCAAUCCUGUCCUCUACGCCUUUUUGGAUGAAAAUUUCAAGCGUUGCUUCAGGGAUUUCUGCCUGCCCUGUCGAACCCGCAAGGAGCAGAACAGCGUGACCAGCGCCCGCAACACCACCCGGGAGCCGGUGUCUGUCUGUGCUCCGAUCCAGGCGGGAAGGAAACCUGCAUGACUAGCCGAGGAGGGGGUCCUGCUUAGCUCCAACAUGAGCAGAAUCCAUCAAGAUCCACAGUCACAGGACACCCUGAUCUCCACCACAGAGUUUUGAUGCCCAGUGAGGGUAAAGUACUGGGGUAGAAUAAGCAGGAAUCUCUGAGCUCACUGUCAAAAACACUGUCUGACUUUGACAGAUUGUCCAAAGCCCAUCAUCCUACGGCAACAUCAUGAAACAGAAUGUUCUUAGUUUUUAGCUCAGAGUAAGACGGUAGAAGAGUUCAAGACAACAGCAGCAGCAGAAGGAUUUCAGUGAUUGUGUUGGCAGGUGAAACAUCCACAUGAAAAAAACUGCAGUGCUUUUUUUUUUUUUUUUUUUUUUUUUACAUUAACAAAGUGAGAAAUAUAUGACACACCAAACCAACGAUGGCUUGGUGGAAGAGUCGUGUUAUUGAACAGAUUUGAUCAAAAGGAGGCCACAACGACCUGAGCUGCACUAGAACGUGUUUAGAGGAUUUUAAAUUGUUUCUUGCUGAAUAUUUUUAGAAGUACAAUCAAUUUCACAUUAGAUGGAAGGAUACAUAUCACAGAACUUCUGUGUCUGUAGACCCACUGUGAGAUCAAAAUUUGUUGGUACUCAGCUGUCCACUGGUGACCACCACUGGCUACCUCAAUCACGACAACGUCUCAAUGCCUGCAGACUAAUACUUCAGAGGCUUCCAGUGAUAUUCUGUUCAAUUUUACUCCACAACGAUAAUUAGAAAAAGAAACUCUGAGGUCUGUCUCGCUCUGUUGGACACUCGUGAAAAGUGGCGCGGCGCUCUCUGAAGCGAUGACUCACUCUGGGAAGUUCAGCUUCCUCAAUCAGAAAGCAGACGGAGGUGAAGAAUGACUUCAGCUGAGUGGACAUGCUUCACACAACUGUUUGUAAAAGAAGUCAAAUCCAGCUAAACGUGGGUUUUCCUGCAAGUUCAGAGUUUAAAUUAUGACAACAGAGAGAGGUGGUUGGGAGACAUUAAACACAUCUGAACUAGUAUGUAGCCUCUCAAACGUAUUAACACUACUUUCACUUUUUGCCAUUUUCACUUUGUGUUGAAUUAAAACUAGUGGUGGGACUCAAUAAAAUUUUCUUUUACAGAGUUAAUUGCAGGGUCUGUUAUUAACUUAAGAAAAGGUUGAACGAUGAGGUAAAUGUUUGCAUUAAAGCAAUUUAAUCUUAAGUUACUUUAAGAGAAACGCUGAGUUGCUUUGUGAUUGGUUCCACAUUCUUCCCUCUGAAUAUUUAGAUUCUGCUGCUGUCUGUUUAUUUCACGCAGAAAACUACAAGAAUCCACGUGAAGAGACUUCAUGUGUAAGAACAGUCUACUGAAACUGUGUUGGACUUUCUCACUGGCUCUGAGAUGGAGACAAUAAAUAGUACAUGCUCUGUAAACAACAUGCCAUGUAAAUGCACACCAUGUGAUUUGUUUCCUCGUGUGUUACCGUAUCGUGUGCUGCAGAGUGUGUAGCUGUUCAUUCUAUGACUGUUGCUGCCUUUGUUGGGUGUGUGAACAUUUCUCAGAGCACAUAACCUUUACAAAUUCAAAUUUCUUCAGGAAAGAGUGUAAUGUUUUCCACAUUAUGAAUACAGAUAUUCAGUCUCCAGGAGAUAUUUUUUUAGGCUAACUGUACCAAACAUGAUGCAUGUUCUUUAUCUUUUGGAUGCUAGUCUAGUGAAGGGAUCACUAGACUGAAUCAGUUGCAUUCAUUUCAAAUUCAGUCAUUGAAUCUUGUUACUCACUACAUUCGUGAGUCUCGUUUUCUCUGUGACCUUUCUCUUCUCCUCCUGUAGCUUAGCUCCAAAUUCUUAAUCAUCCGUCCUCUCCUGACCAUCCCAGCCUAAACUGUCCUAAUAUAUAAAUCUCAACCUUGUCAGUUCCAGUAGCUGCAUUUCUAUUAACCAUAUAAUUGCACAAUUUGCCAUUUUGAAAAUGUAUUUGCUUAAUGUAAACAUACCAAUUUGAAAAAUUUUACUAACUUGACUUGUAGCUGCCCUUCCUGAACUUUGUGUCAGGAAGGAUGAGUUCGUCCUAUUUUGACUCAUCAACAUGGAAAAAUUUGCAGCUCAGAUUUUUCUUCUAGUUUUAGACAAAAUCAGACUGUCAGAGAUUUCUCUCAUCUUGUUUAAGUAAAGCCUCAGCGCUGUAUUUUUUUUUUUUACUUAUAUCUUGUUAAUUAUCAUUUUUGUUUUAUUCCUUGAUACUUUGUUGCUGUAAAUAGUUUAGUUUAAUGACAUUGGUGGUGUUGGUGUUAUGUUGCAGUUGUAAUGGCUUGUUUUCAUCUUGUACAGCUCUCUGGUUUUGUCCUGGAGAAAAAGAUGAAUAAUCCCAAUGGAUUUCUGC